AUGAGCGAAACCCCGAAGCACACCAACGCAUCCAUCAUCCCUACCACUUCUGGUGCUAACACUGUCGACGCCACAUCAACCGCUGUCCCCACUACAAGCAAUGAGGACUCGCUUCGAACCUAUCUUAAUAGCCGUGGCGCCUCCACGUCACGCAUAGGCCUGGUCAAUUAUUUGCGUAUUCAUUGCACGGGACUGACGAACCAGGGCCAACAUAGGAUCGCCCCACUCGUCUCAACUGGCACCGCCCGCAUAGUUACUGCAUCAGAAGACCUGGCCGCGUGUGCCCGCAUGCAAAUCUUUGGUGAACUUCAGCCUCUUCUGAAUGCAAGACUCAAGUGGCUCACGCCUUCGCCUGAGAAGCCAGGCAGCGUGUGUGGUACGCGUAGACAGGCCGUCUUGCCUCUUUCAACCACUGCUUCCGCCCCCAGUAUCCGUUGGCCGACCAGCCCGGACAGUCAUCAACAUAGGGGAAAACCAACGUCGCAUCCGAUGCAGGUGACAUUCCUGGCGGCGGCUAUUGGGUGGACAAUAAUCUCGCAGGCAACCGUCAAACACGACAGCCGGAUCAACAAACUCCAAACCAAUAACCCAUUAGCAUUCCCAAUUCCUCACCGACCUGGGGUUAGCUUGAGUAAAAAAAAAGACCUGGCGCAGAAGGCAGCACCACAGUUUCCCAAAAAGCAGUCGGCCAGCCACGGCUAG